CUCAUAACCUUCCAAGUCAAUUGAUUUUGAAAAAGUGCCAAGAUGUCAUCUAAAAAUUCCACUGCUUCCACCAGUGCUACACAAUCCACUGCUCCUGCUCCUGAACAAGUUAUUAGUUCCACUCAUCGACAUGGUACUUCCGUGGAUCCACAGGUUACUUCCACUUUUCCUCCACAAAUUACUUCCACUAAUCCAAAGGCUGUUUCCAAUACUACUCCACAAAUUACUUCCAAUACUCUCCCACAAAUUACUUUCACCGAUCCAGAAGCUACUUCCACUGCUUCUCCACAAGUUACUUCCAUUGAUCCACAAUAUACUUCUGUUGUUCCCCAGAAUAGUACAGAGAAAACAAACAUGAAUGAAAAUUCUAUUUUCUAUCGUAAUAAGAUCUUUGUUGGAGGUCUUCCCCACCAGAUUGAGGAAAUAGAGCUAAAAUUAUAUUUCACUACAUUUGGUGAUGUGCUACAUACCAAAAUUAUGCAUGACAAUUCAACCGGCAAAGGCAGGGGUUUUGGGUUCAUCAUUUUCCGUGAGGAAGAUGCUGUGGAAGAGGUGUUAAAAACUAGAUUCCACAACCUCAAGAACAAACGUGUGGAGGUUAAGAGGGCCAUCAAGGAGAAGAAACGUGUUGCACAACCCAACAUCUACAUCUACAACAACAAUAACAACAUCAUCAACAACACUUACUACGACCACUACAUCAACAAUAGGGGUUUCAUCUAUAAUCCACACCUAAUUAUGGAUACAAUCCCUUGUCCUCCCACUUACAUGAAUUAUUUAAUCCCAUAUUAUUACCAGUAUUAUCCAUAUGGAUAUGAUGAAUAUGGGAUGGAAUACUACUAUCCCAUCAAAAAGUAGAUUUGGUUUUUGUUUUAUUAUGAUUAAAAUGUUGUUUUGGAUUAUUUAU